AAGACGACCGCUGUAUGUAGCGCGGGUACCAAGGACACGCCACCCGGUGGCCGAGACCUCUCCCUCGCCACCCUGGAGCCGCUGACACCGGUGCCCCAAACCGGUGCUGGUUUCGGGGGCCACGGAGAUGGAGGUGGUGGUGAAAAGGGCACUCCCAUCGGCAGGAUGAAGGUACAGCAGCCCCUGGUGGCGGGCGAGACCGAGGAUCGAAUCAUCGCCAAAUUGUCGCAAACUGACGUUUCCUGUGAGUGGGCGGAGCCGACGGCAUCAGGGACGGAAUGAGGUGGCGGAGACACGGGAAGGACGGCCGAGGGGCCAAAAAUACAAAAGUCACAGUAGCACAUCUUGGGUCUUUGAGCGCCCAGCGCGACGCAUCUGAUUAGCCAGACCAAAAAGUGACACGAAAACGAAUACAAGAAAAAAUACUAUAAUAAAAUAACAGUAUAAGGUCUUUCAAUAACGACCGUGAACCAUCAGUGUUGUAUCUAUUCCUUAAAGUGCACUUCUACAAAAUACAAAAAAAAGGAAAAUGGUUUCAAAGAGGGGGCCCCUUUCUCUGACAUUUAAUGACAUAAAAGGGCCCCGAAGCUUCGGCCCAAGAACCGAUUUAAACUCAUGUGUACCACCUUUUGGAAUCGGUUCUUUUCGUCUCAAUGCAAAGACAACAAUGUUACAUAAAUGACACCGCGUCAAUGAAGUACAUAAGUGUUGCUGUAAAUGAAGUGUAACUAUUUAAGUUGCUCCGUUCUAUUAAUCAUUCAGUGUUUGAUAUUACAGCAUGUUUUAUGGGUUUUACGGGCGUAGCUGGCGUCUGUGAAGAAUCCAUUUGAUUUGGAGGUUCUGGCUGACAAACAAACAUGCCCUCUUGUUUAUGUUUUGAUGUGCUGUUCCGUUAUGCUGCUGUGAAACGGUUCUUAACUUGCCGUUCUGUAUCGCAUGUCGUUGCAUUUAGUUGACAGACGUAACAUAACUCCGGGUUUAAUUCUCCAAAAUGAAUAAAAUAGAAAAUGAAGAAGGUAUGGGCGAUGAAUACACAUUUGGUUUGUAUAGUUUUGUAUAGAUUUCUUACUUUUCUUUCCUCCAAGAUACAGUAUGAGUUUUGACUCACAAUUACAACAUGGAUGUUUUAAGAAAAAAGGCAAAAUGUAGUGGAUCUGAGGUUCUACUGACAUACUUUGCUGGAAUUACGUCCUGUCACAACUAGAUUUCAUCUCAACUAUCCUGUUGACUUACGUAAUAACGUGAAUGUAUUUCAUAUGAUUCUUGAUUCUGAUUGUUUCAAUUCUGAUGCCCCUUUGACAUUAAUGGCCGGUUCCUUUGGUAUUAUCCAUUAUCUCCUUCGAUAGUAUUGCCAACCGUAUCUUUGUAUUAAACUCAACCAAACGGUGGACACAUAACAAAUGUGAAAACGUAAGUAUUUCAGUUGAGGAGCCAUUUUAUAGUGUUGAGGUGCAUUGUAAAAACAAACACACUUAGAUUUUAGACAAAAUGGCAGUCUGUUCCAGAGACUAUUAAAUAAAUCGAAACUGCCAAGACAUGGGAGCCAAAUGUAUUUCAUGUUUGCUUUUUAAAAAUAAAAAUUCCCCACACAUCAAUAAAGUUAAUAUUUUUUGUA